GAGUUGUCUCAAGAAACGUUGACGUUCUCUUAAAGCCAGUACACGUCCAGAGCGAGCUAUCCUAGGGCCGGGGAAGAGUAUAGUAAAGUGGCAGGCUUCUAGAUACUGCUGGUCAGUAGCCCCUCUCCAUAUUAAGAGCUUCCUCAGUCUGUGGUUCAUGACUGUUGCAGUCGGGGAUACGCACGCAUUAGCGCUCAUCAUGCCUGUUCGAGCUGAGUGCUGCAGCAGUGCGGCCCGUACAUCCUCGGCCUCUCUUAUCCCUCCUCCGCCGAUCAACACGCACCAGCCCGGGGUAGCUACUUCGCUGCUGUACAGCGGUUCACAGUUUCGAGGACAUCAGAAGAGCAAAGGAAACUCGUAUGAUGUUGAGGUCGUUUUGCAGCAUGUGACCAUGGAGGACUCUUAUCUGUGUGGUUACCUGAAGAUCAAAGGCCUAACCGAGGAGUAUCCCACUCUUACAACGUUCUUCGCAGGAGAGAUCAUCAGUAGAAAGAGGCCCUUUUUAACCAGGAAGUGGGACGCCGACGAAGAUGUGGACCGCAAGCACUGGGGUAAGUUUCAGGCUUUUUAUCAGUAUGCAAAGAGCUUCAACUUGGACGACUUCGAUUACGAAGAGCUGAAGAACAGUGACUUUGUCUUUAUGAGGUGGAAGGAGCAGUUCCUGGUCCCGGACCACACCAUUAAAGACAUCAGUGGGGCGUCCUUCGCUGGUUUCUACUAUAUCUGCUUCCAGAAGUCCACAGCCACCAUUGAAGGCUACUACUACCACAGAAGCUCUGAAUGGUACAUAGUUUGGGUCCCAAAUGGUACCCUAUGGGCCAUGGUCAAAGUAGUGCACUAUAUAGAGAAUAGGAUGCUAUUUGGGAUGCAAACACACUGUGGAGUGUCAAUAUUUUAGUUGACUUGUUCAAAUUUGAUAGAUGCACUGUACAGUUUGGCUCUUUGGGAUAUUCAGAUUGAGUACAUAUUUUGAUAGUUGCUAGUACUAAGCAUACUAGGUCAUGUUAAUACAUCUUUAGUAGAUAGUUAGGUUCUGUACCAGUUGUUUUGUGUGCUGAUCUGAUGUGAACAUACAGGGAUGUGGCUACUGGCUAGCUGCUCAUUCUUGGUCCCCUUGUUCUCGUUCAGGUACCAGUCGUUAAACCUCACCCAUGUCCAGGAACACAGUAUGCCCAUCUACGAGUUCCGGUGAUACCCGCCCGCUGGCAGAGGGGACUUUGAUUGGCACUGCCCUAGAGACUUGCUUAUGGAGGGGGAGAUGAACUGACCAAUCAUGCCAAGGAUGUACCUACUAGUAUUCCCGGGCGAAAGGGAGAGAACAAUGGAAGGAGGGAGGGAUAGACAAAGAACAAGGCCACCGACCGACAGUUUUUCCCAGCCUGCCUUUCUCGACUUUGCAUCAGCUGGGAUCAACAGCACUUUUUCUUUGGUUGUUUUCUCUUCCCCACUCUUUCUCCAUUCAGCUUCCUGUUUCUGAAGCUACUUUUCCUCUUUCCACCAUGUUGAAAACGCUUUCCACUUUUCAGUUGGGAAUCCCCCCCAGCCCCUCUGAAAAUGGGUCCCCCAGCAGUCUAAGAUUUAAGUACAAAGUUUGAUAUUGCAUUUUAAUUUGUCUCAAUGAAUUGAGGCCUGCUUGAGAUUGACCGAGCUACAGAGUGGGCAAGCAAUCCUGAAAAGAUGGAUCUCCAUAAGGUCUUGAGAUGUGACAUCAUCAAGGGUGUGCUCAACAGAAGAUUGAUGGUCAAUGAUCUGCCGUGAUGCAAGAUCUGACGGCUUAGGCGGAUGACGUCUUGGUGAAGGUUGAUAUUUGAAGGCAGGGCAUAAUCAGAUGUGUGUUGUGGGCUAUUGAAACACAUAAUACCACACCGAUGGCUACUUUAAAUCUGUCCUCUCUGAGAUGGUGGAGUCGACAUCGUCUGACCUAUAGAGGGAGUCCCCAUGCCCUAGACCGAUGGCUACUUUAAAUCUGUCCUCUCUCUGAGAUGGAGUCGACAUCGUCUGACCUAUAGAGGGAGUCCCCAUGCCCUAGACCGAUGGCUACUUUAAAUCUGUCCUCUCUCUGAGAUGGUGGAGUCGACAUCGUC